AGCCUGUAACUGCAGUAAACAGCGUAGGGAGAGGAUGGCAGCAGCAAAUGAACGGAGUCGGGCCUGGCCUCAAGCAGGCACAUAGCUGGGAAGGCCGUUCCUAGCUUCAGCCCACGUAAGGCUGUGUCACUCCUGCGAGUGAAAAACAGUGGGUUGUUCAUUAACUCCCUCAAAGGCACCACCAGCAGCAGAAGCACCAGAGACAGCUUGAACAAGUGAGCAUUCCCUGGCUAAGUAGCAGACCAUAUCUCCCCGUACAAACCUGCUAGAGCCCUAAGAUCUUCAGGGGAAGACUUUCUCUCAGUCCCACCACCAUCCCAUUCUCUGAGAUUUGACAGAUGAAACCUGAGAUCAGGAUGCCUGUGCUUGUGAUGUUAAAAGACCUGGGGCAGGCAAGCUCCUGUCAUGGCAAAUGACAGCCCAGAAGAGCUCCCAGCCAAAGAGACUCCAGAGGCUGAAAAACAUAUAUAUGAGACAGUGAUAUGGCCUGAUAAAGCUGAGCAGAACCAGCAGCUGGCUGUGGAAGAGCUCAUCAACACAGAGAUCAGCUAUGUACACAACCUUCAACUGUGCAUUUCAGAUAUCCGUAUCCACCUCCAGAAUAAGCAGCUGCCUGAACUCAACCUGGAAGGACUGUUCUCAAAUAUCGAUGAUGUACUACAAGUUUCUAAACAUUUCCUAGAAGGACUUGAAACUACAGUGAAACAGGACCAUGAGCAGCUUUUUCGUAUCAGCACCUUAUUCCAAGAGUCCAAGGAGGAGAUGGAGAAUGUGUAUAAGGUUUAUUGUGCCAACUAUGACCAAGCUCUACUACUGCUGGAGAUAUACAGGAAAGACCCAAGGCUGCAAAAAGAGAUUGUGGAUACCCUGACUUCCACAGUGCCUCACACUAGUGCUUCAGAUCUGAGCUUCUUCCUGGUGAUGCCAGUGCAACGGAUCACAAAAUACCCACUUCUGCUGCAGAAGAUUUUGGAAAACACUCCAGACAAUGAUAGUGCCUAUGGAGCCCUUCAGGCUGCAGCCUCUACUAUGUCAGAUGUCAAUGCCAAUAUCAAUGAGUACAAAAGGCAAAAGGAAGUAGCAAAUAAAUACAAUAAACCUGGGUACCUGACUCUGCGGGACCGGCUUGCUCGUCUCAACCCACACUCCAUUGCCAAGAAGACCACACGACUGAGCCGCCUCUUCAUGCAUGAGGCUGGAAUUGUGUCUAAGACAGAGGACAAGGAGUUUGAUGAGUUGGAAGAAAAGUUCCAGUGGUUGGCAUCAGCUGUCACUGAUCUGAAGGAGAAUGUAACAUCUUUCCUUACCAAUACAGAGGUGUUCCUCAGUUCUAAACCACAUGAAAAUGAACUGGAAAUAGGAGCAGAGACUACCCAGCUAUAUUGUCACCUUGCAGGAAAACUCCACACCACUGUCUUCCCUGAGUUUCAGAAACGUCUGGAUUACCUUGUGUACCAUCCACUCUGCAACUUGGCAGAGACCCUGAAGGGUCCUCAGAAACUGAUCAGGAAGCGUUUGGACAAGCAACUGGACUAUGAGGAGCUGGAGGAAAAGCGGAAUGAAACAGGCAGUGUAACAUAUGAAGAGGAAGCUGCCAUGAAUACCUAUCUUGCCAUCAAUUCCUUGCUUGUUUCUGAGCUCCCUGUUUUCACUCGCGUGGCCCUGCAGUGGUUGGGACGUAUUCUGGUUUCUUUUGUGGCCAUCCAGAAAGACCUGGCUAAACAGGUUUUCCGGGAGACAGAAGAAGCCAUUGUCCAGUUACCACACAGGCAUCUUCCUGCAGAUGAGUUUUGGAAGAUGGUGAAGGAAACAUUAAGCCAAGCUGAAGGUCAACUCUACACCUUCCACAAGAAAUUUGAGACUGUUACACCAAGCCCUGUUGUGCAGUCUCUUAAUACCACAGAGGAGAGGAAGGUCGUUUUGCUUAUGAACAAACAUGGCUCAGACAAGCUAUACCAGGUGACAAGCAACAUCAACGGCAGCAAAGACAUGGACUUGACACUGCAAAGGGGGCAGAUUGUGGCACUGUUACAUGACAAGGACACUAAGGGCAACCCUAAUCGAUGGCUGGUGGACACUGGAGGCCCACGAGGCUAUGUCCCCCCUGGAAAACUGCAACGAUAUCAUGUAGUCCCAAAUCCAAAGCCCAGAUCACAGGUGAUGACUGACAGUGAUGGUGCUGAGAAGUUACAUCAUUUGUACAACUUGCCUCCAACUCCUAGUCCGUCAGAAAAUUUUAAUACUCCAGCUUUACGUAUAAUAGCUGCAUACACAUUUACUGCCCGGAGCAGUCAUGAAGUCACCUUGCAGGCAGGGCAGCCGGUGACUGUGCUGGAACCACAUGAUAAGAAGGGGAGCAAAGAGUGGAGCCUGGUGGAGGUGAAUGGACAGAGGGGCUAUGUGCCUUCCAGCUUCCUGGUGGCAGUGCCUGCUGCCCUAGAAGCACCUGGGUGGAGUUCAACUGUGUGGCCCUUUCCAGCUCAGCAGACAUAACUGGGAAGGAAUGCUUGCUUCCAGACAUCAAUUGACGUUUUCAUGUUUUUGACUCUAUUUCUCUUGUGGGAUUUUCCUUGUCACACAGUGAAGAAAGAAGUGUGGGGUCAGAGGACCUGUAGAUUGGCUCGAGUCUGUGUGGACUCAUCAGAGUGUGUACUUUUUGCAAGAAUAUGAAGGACUAUGAGCAUGGAGCCACUCACAGGUGGUGGUGUCUGAUUUUAAUUCUGUUUUUUCUUCACCUAGUGCCAUUGGUUAGAUUCUUCCCCUAGUUGAUUGGAAAAGGAUCUAAUACAGGAUUAGACUCGAGAAUCUCUGCACCAUUGGCAUUUGAUGAGUGGAGAUUCAGAAACUAAAGGUCCUUGUGAAACAUGUCUAGUGAAAUACAGGGACAGCAGGUUGGUAAUUCAUUCUAGAAGCUCCCACUCAGUCAGCAAGAGUAGGCUACUGUCACAAAGAAAUCCAAAGUCACUGGUCAGUAAAAAGCCCAUUCUCUUUUCCUUUGGCUCUAUGUUAGCCAGAGAAAGCAGUUCAGUGUUCAGCCCUGAUGGGUAUGGUCCACAUCUCCAGUUGCUAAAUCUAUCCAUCAUCUCUGCUGAUGCACCAGAUUUAAUAAGAUAGAUAAGAUUCCUGCAGUAUUUGCUACCUCUAAUUAAGAAUGGUAAUGUAUUUAAUAUAUAUCCAUACUUUGAUAUACAAAGUGACACCUAAUCCAAAUAACAAAACUGGGGAUGCUCCUUAUAGCUUUAUCUUUCAAUGGUAAUUAGUUGACUAUCUCUAGGUAAGAAGAUGAGACUACAAAAUAUUACAGGUUGAGUAUCCCUUAUCUGGAAUUCCAUAAUCCAAAUUACUGCAAAAUCCAAAAUUGUCCACAUGGAUGGCUGAGGUACUUCUGAAGGCCAAGGAAAAAUAAGACAAUGAGGUUUAAUGAUUAGAGUGCUGGAUUGCAAUUUGCACAAUAAAACUUAUUGAGUAACCUUGGCUCAGUCAUAUUCUCUGAGUUUGACCCAAUAUGCAGGAUAGUUGUGAGGAUAAAGUGGGGUAGAAAAGUACUAUGCAUGCCAAAGAAGGCCAGAUGUGAAAGAUACUUCUCUUUGGAAGGAUUUUAGAAAGUUCAGCAAUGCUAUCCAAGUUAUGCCGGCUGAAAAUCCUAAUUUUGACAUGACUAUUAAACAUACUGAAGUAUGUUUGUUGGGUGGCUGCUUAUAGAGGCACCCUGAGUUCUAUAAAAGAGCUCUAUUGAAAGAUGUAAAUGGAAUUAAGGAGUUUAUCACAUUCAAGAAUAAACUGUUUUAUCACUGCUGUUUUCAAUCCUAAUUCAGGAUGCAGCCGGGUAUUAUCAUGUGGAAAAUUCCCCCGAAGCCACUGCUCAGCUGGAUUCCACCUAAAACCCAGCUAGAAGCUGUGCUCGGCUGGCCAAUUUACAAAGUCAGGAGCUUCCUGACUUUGCAAAUUCUCCAGCUGAGUGUGGAUUUUAGCUGGGUUUUAGGCAGGAUGUAGCCAGUUGGUGGCAUUUUCCAUGUGGUAAUACCCAGAUGCAUCUCGAAUUAGGAUUGAAAACGCCAGCAGUAAAUCAGUUUAUUCCUGAAUGCGAUAAACUCCUUAAAAUAGAAAGCAACAGAGAAGCUUCUCUGAAUUGCUGUUUUACACCUAAGAACCAAUGCAAAAAAGACUAUUCUAAAAAUACUGAGAAGACUAGCAGUUGAUAUCCAGUACAAACUGGAAACUCUAAGGCUCUUAGGCCUUACUGUUGAUACCUAGUACAAAGAGGAAAACCUAGACAUUGAUACUUAGUACAAACAAGAAAACCCAGAUACUGUAUUGAUACCCAGUACAAACAGGAAAAUGUAAGGGCUUUAGGCCUUAGACAUUGAUACCCAGUAUGUUAAUAUCCAGUACAAACAAGCUUUGUAAUGGACUUUAUAUCCAGUACAAACUGGAAAACCUAGAUGUUGACACCCAGUACAAGCAGGAAAAUCUAAAGCUCUUAGGUCUCUUGGGGCUCUUUGGUAGCACAGCUCACCCAGACCUUAGGCAAGUGAUUCCCUUGUCUGUGACACUCCUGGUCUGAUGCUUAGAAACAGUCUUGCCCCCUGAACCUGCUAAUAGGCUGGCUCCUCCAUACUUUCCACAGUCCUGUGGCAUAAUUCAGGUGGAGUCUUUCCAAUCUGCUGGCCUGGUACUCAGUGUGGUUUUGGCCUUGCAGUCUUAGAAUGAAGAUAACCAUAGCUUUGAUAUCACCAGGCUCCUCAUUUAUGCUUAACAGCAGGUGCAUUUUCUCAGUACAGUACUACCAGUCAAAAUAAGAUGUUUAUUCUUUGCAUGGACACCCACAUACCUACGAUAAUCUCAGGAUAGUUAUGGCAUACAGAUAUACCUCAGUGAACAAAGCAGAUGUGUUCAUUUGCUACCAGAGGUAAAAUUGACAUUGAAAGACUAGGGAUAGGUUCCAACCCUACUAAAAGAACAAAGAAGAAGACAAACUUUUUAUUCAGAACUAAACAAUAUGCACAGGUGAAGUGAAACAGCCAGGUCUGGUUAAGAAUUGCAAGAGUGUGUGGGGUGGGGCAGGGUGACCAUUUUGAACCCUCUACUUGAAGCCCCCCCCCCAAAAUGCAUCCAGGGAGGACUUUGUCUUUUACCAGCUUCAACUUUAUGAUUUUUGUUUUGAUGACCAAACUUAUAGAUAUACCCAUUUAAUUUAAUUUAUAUAAUUAUUAUUAUGAUUAUUAUAUAAUUAUUUAACAAGCUGGGGAGGCAGGCUUAUGUGGCCUCCUCUUUACUCUCUGUUUUCUUGUUCACACAUGAUCAGUGAGGGAUUCUGGAGGCAGCUGACCUUUCCUUUGCCUGUGGUCAUCAGGCACAAGUGGCUUUAAUAAGACAGCAGAAUCGUAGCCAAGAUGACCAAUCUGAGGUUGUCAUACUUUGGCCACAUCAUGAGAUGAAUUCAAUCAUGGAGGUCACAGCCAUGAAACUACAAGAUCUGAGCAGAGCAGUGGAGGACAGAGGUCUUGGAGAUGUCUCAACCACAGGGUCGCCAUGUCAGCAUCGACAUGAGGGCAAUUAUCAACAACAAAUAGUAGUAUCCCAUUCUUUCCUGGCUCAAGCUUUGUGUGUUGCCUUGUUCAUUGCAGACAUGCUACUGCAACCUGGCACCAACAGUUUGUGUUUCUCCAGCCCUCCUUCACCACUCUCCCAAUGCUGGUGCUACUAAAAAAAACCUUCAAACUAGACACAAGGAAGAAAAUGGAGGGUGGGGGAAGUAAAAAGCCUUUGUGAAAGAACAUUCUUUGUUAAGUAAUGAAGUACAUCUGUAUAAAAAAUCAGCUCUUCAUUGAGCAUGAAAGAGCAAGAUCAUGCAAAACAUUUAGAUGUAUUAGUGCUCUUCUAUGUGCUUGACAAUAGAGCUUAUAUUGUUUAAAAAUUUAGCAGGAGCUCUUCAGGUGUAGCUCCUGAAAAAUGCAUGGCUUGGUUCUUUGAUGCGCAAUGUUUUAUGCAAGCUGGAGGCCAAAAGAACUGGAUAACAUUAUGUUGUAACUGACCCUUAAGAGAAGAGCUUCCCAUUGCAUAGAAAGCCUCUCUGCUUUGAGAAAGGUAGGAGGAUGGUGGGGGCAAGGGCAGAUCUUGUGCUCUUCAAGGCUUUCUUGUUUUGUUUUGUUUUUAAAAUUAUGACUGGAAUAUAGUUGCUACUUUGUGUUUGUGUGAAGCUUAUCAGUAAUAAGUCAUCAAAAUGUGGUCACAAUGCUAAAAUUAAUAAAUUGGACAAGCUUGAUUGUGUGCAUUGAGCCUGAAAUGCUUGACCUUCUCCCCCAUGUGCCCAAGAAAGGGCACUUCAUAUGGCACAGUGUGCGUGGGUGCUGAUGUGACUAUGAAACUGCAAUAUUCAUUUGAUACCAGGAACCAAGGAGUAACCAGCUGUAAUUCUUGUUAUGACUAUGUCCCAUAAAUAGAGUACAAUUGGUACUUCAUAUCUAUGGAUUCCUUAUCCACAGAUUAAACCAUCCAUGGCUUGAAAAUAUUUUAAAAUGUAUAUAAAUUCCAAAAAGCAAGCCUAGAUUUUGCUAUUUUAUGUAAUGGAAACCAUUUCACUACAACACAUUAUUUAGUGGGAUUUGAGCAUCCGUGGAAUUUGGUGUCCACAGCAGAUCCUGGAACGAAACCCCAGUGGAUGUCCAGUGGUAUUUCCCUCUUCUGUUUCAGACUCAAGUAUUAUUAUUAUUUAUCAUUGUUGUUUUGCAGUGCACUAAUAUUGUGAGGAAUAAACAAUAUUGAUCCUCUAUUUCGUGAUGGUUUUGUCAUUGUUGAAAUGUGAACUUAUGUGAACCCAUGCCUUCAAAGCUGUGGCUGGUCAUCAAUAAAGUCUUCUCCCUGUCUGCAUUAUA